CUCUGUUCCGUGUAUCUGACAUUUCUCAAUAAUAAUAAUAAUAAUAAAGCCCUGAGCAACACACUCUGUUUUUUAAAAUACUAGAAUAACACUCCACACCUCCACUCUAUAAACUCAAGCUCUCUCCUUUUCUUCUUCACACUUUCAUUAUCACUCUGUUUCUCUUAGUAACAAUCUUGAUCGAUCUCUUUCAUGGCUACCACCACCAACAACAACAGCGACAAGCAUAAAAAAGAGCCCGUGUCUGGUGCUGGUUCAACUGUUAUUAUGGAACCAAUGAGUAUAAACAAUAAUACAACAUUUGUUCAAGCUGAUCCAUCAACAUUUAGAGCUGUAGUUCAGAAAUUAACUGGAGUUGCAGAAAACCCAUUAGUUGAGAAACUUCCUGUAACUACUGGUAAUAAUAAUCAUAACAAUCUUCCAUCUCCAAGAUCAUCAUCAGCAGCAGCAGCAGCAGCAGCGGGACAGAGUAAUGGCAGCAGAAACACAAGUUUUAAGCUUCAUGAAAGGAGACAGUAUCAUAACGGUAGCAUGAGGAAACUUGAAAUCAGUAGCAGUUUUGUUCAUCAACAUCAUCAAGGUUUGAUCAAUUAUUAUCAGCAUCAGUUUAGAAGCUCAGCAUCAUUAUCACCAUCAUGUUGCUUUAAUGGUGAUCAUCAGAAGGUUUUAAUAUCCCCUGUUUCAACACUUGAUCAUUAUCAUUUCUUAAUCCCAAGUCCAAGAACACCAAGAUCACCUCAAGAAGAAGAAGAGAAAGCAAUUUCUGAGAAAGGGUUUUAUUUUCAUCCUUCUCCUCGUUCAAAAACUAAUAAUAACCAUGAUCAUCAUCAUAAUCCUCCUCAACUAUUACCUCUGUUCCCACUUACUUCUCCCAGAGAUUCUUCCUCUUCUUAAUUAAAUCUUAUUAUGAAUUACCAUUAUCUUUUCUUUAAUCUUGAUAAUGUACUAUUAAUAAUCUCAAUUAAUUAAUGUUUGAAAUGUAAUUUAAAUUUAAA